AUGGAGGGGUACACAAUCUCAAUCUCUACGCGACGUUUAAUCGAGGCCAAACACCGCGACUCAGUCCUUAGUGCUGCUUUCGGUCUUCACUUCGCCAUCAAACACGCCUUCGACCACGCCCUUUCUGUCUGGAAGGCCGAAACUUCAGCGUCUUCAGACGACUGGGUGAAUCUUGAGGACUUCGUUCGAGCCUCCUAUCUUGAUCUCAGCGAAUCAGACUAUACACCUCACGGUCUACCUCCCUACGCCAUUCCUUUCUUCGCUUGGGGAACCUUUGACUUCGAUGCACACACGUUCCAAGCGCGCAGCGCCAGCUGGUGGCAUCUGCUUGACAUGGCCGCGCCGCGUCCGUCCCACAUCAUUCCAUCAACGCUCUUCGUUCCGUAUGCAAGAACCUCCGUCACUCGUAGCGAGAACGUCGUUAAAGGCUUCAAGCGCACUACUCUCUGGUUCGUUCGCUGUGAUGGUGGUCUAGGUGUGCCCGUGGAAGGCAAUCGUCCCCUGUUGUGGCACGGCGCGAAAGAGUUUCGAAGGGAGCGAAAGACGAUGAAAAUCAAACUGAGCUGGCCCGGAUACGAUGACGAAUGGGAAAAGCAGAUUCGUCUGAUGAGUGAUGCGGGAGAUCGUUCUAUUUGUCGCCUCGCCGGUCUUGUGGCGAACAAAGUGCGGGACUUCGUAUGCGACCACGAUCCAAGCUUCGGUCAUCCGAUCGGCACCCAUUCACGAUGGAGGAUUGGCAGUCAUGCUGGCCAAAUCCGCGCCGGAGAUAUACUUCUACUCGGGAUAGCUCUCGUUUCCGACGGUGCAGCGAUGCCUAUCUUACAAGUGCGAGAUGAUUUCGUGUUUGCCUCAUGA